UGUUACUACGGUAGUCAACCAUGUACAUACACGAGGACUCUAAUUUAUAACAGUACAUAUGUGUAGAUUAUUAAUCAUUUGUGAUUAGGCACUAUUAAAAACUUGUUGAGUCGUACUUUAUGAACUUUAUCUAAUAAUCAUACGAGCAUGUGGUAUGUGAUUUUAAAUCAAUAAAAAUUUGCUCAGUGUUUAACCGAACAGGUAUUUAAAUAAAUUUUUCAAUUUUGCAUACUAUUUAAUAAUAAAAGUGUGUUAACAAUUAUAGGACGUCAGUCGUAUGUGUGAUAAAUGUAGCAUUGAACAUAAUAAUCACGUUUCUAAAUCAAAGUGAACCACUGAAUAGUUACAUUGUUUAAAGUAAAUAUGUUUAAACUAAAGGUAUAAGUCAUAAUUUGUACUAUUACCGUUUAAUGAAGAGAACCUUAACCUGUAAAAAUGAAAUAUUAAACUUUGAAUCUUCAUUUAUUACAUAAUAAAACUGCCAGUUUUUCAACAUUCGCGCAUUUAGUCAAAAGUCCAUCUUGAAUGUCAUCUCACAUUUGAAUUUUUAGACGUUACAUGUUUAAUGGUAUUCAAAACUAAUUUGAUUUUAGAGCUUUCCGGUAAAAUUUUGAAUUAAUUUUUAAAAAAUCGAACUUUUUACUGAAUUUUGUAUAUUAAUAAUUCCGAUAAUGCAAAAGAAUCAGUUAUACAUAUACUAAGUGGAGGAGGUCGUUAGAAUCAGUGCAAAAGUGAUUUCUGGAUAAGAACACAAAAGGUAUGAGUUGGCAAAAAUUUCAACGAUUACGAGCAAAAUCCGUAACUAUACGUAUAAAUAUUCUGUAGUGCCUUUAAUUGUGAAGUUUAAAAAAUGUCACAUAAGAAGCCAAACUCAGAAAUCAGGAUACCGGUACCUUGGGGUCAUAUAGCAGCCAAAACAUGGGGUUCCCCAGCUGGAAAACGUGUAUUCUUAAGUCAUGGCACAUUGGACAAUGCAGGAUCAUUUGAUCGAUUAGUAUCUCUGCUACCUGAACACUUUUACUAUGUCUGCAUCGACUUACCAGGUCAUGGCUUAUCUUCCCAUUUUUAUCCUGGUGUACCUUUGGACUUCUUCAAUUAUAUCCUAGCAAUCAAGAUGGUCCUUGAUUAUCUACAAUGGGAUCAGUGUUCCUUUAUAGGGCACAGUCUAGGAGGAUACCUAGGAAUAUUUUUUUUUGUACUUUAUCCAGAUAAAUUAGAUAAAUUAAUUAUCCUUGAAUCAGUAAGCCCAUUUAACACUCCAAAAAACUUAUCUUUUAUCUUUAAUCGAAUACGUCUGAUGCAUAAUGUUGCCUCUGAAACUCUUGAAGACAAUUUAAAACCACGUAUUUAUAAUCGAGAGGAAAUAAUUCAUGGUUUGAAAUAUAUGAGACAAUUUUCCCUGCUUAGUGAAUCAGCUGAGGCAUUGUUCGAUCGAGCUGUUACUCAGGUGGGAGAAGAUAUGUUUAUGUACAAUCGUGAUGCACGAAUGAAAAUCUCUAUUCUUCCAUUACUUAAUCAAGACCAAGUAGUACAUUUUUUUGAAAAUGUUAAUAUUCCUACUUUAGUCAUCAUUGCAACAGCUUCAAUCAAUGAAUAUUAUGAACCUCCUUCAAUGCAAUUUUGUAAACUUAAAAAUAAUAAGAGUUACACACUAGUCGUUGUAGAGGGAAAUCAUGAUGUGCACAAUAAUUAUCCAGAAAGGGUGGCUCCUCAUGUAGCUAAAUUUCUUUCUGGAUUAAAAAGUAAUCUUUAAUUUUGGCAGUCAGAAAUGCAUAUUGCAUGAUCCAACUUGUGACAAUCAGAAUGUAGUGCAGGUGUAAUUUUUAAGUUUUCUUAUAUAAGGGCAUAAGCAGAGAGGGAAAUAUAUUGCAAACUAGAGAGAGAAAUAUAUUCCUCCUUUAACAUUGGGUAAUGUGUGACUAUUAAUUUUAUCCAAAUCUUUCUUAAUGAGACUUAGAAAUAUGUAUUUAGAAUUUAGUUUCAUGGUAACAUUAUUUUUGAUAUGCUAUAAGGAUUGGGUGGUAUUACGGUCAAAGUUAUAUUUAUUUUUUGUUCAAAUAUUUGUUACCUAAAGAAUAAACCUUUGUACAAAGUA